UAGGCCUGUCUGUUAUCACCCAGCUCAGGAUCAGAAUAUAACCGAAAGUAAAGUUAUUUGUUCAGAGGACGAGCAGCGACCGUCACCGCUGUGUGGACUCGAACUGGCGCUGGCAACAAUUCUUAAGGGACGGAUGACAAAGCAGAUCGAGCCUCUAAAACCUCAAGCUGUUUUAAGUAAACACAGAGCCUCAAAGAGGACCGGACCGCUGAUGACCAGAAAUGGCACAAUGAAAAAAGUUGCAUCUGCUGAUGAAGAGUGGAGGAAGUGGUGCAACAGGUGGUCAAGAAAAGGUCUCUCUUUUGUAGGAUGGUCAGAGACAAUCUUGAUAAAUCAGUAGUUCAGAGCAAGGAACAGAACCAAGCAUCUGAGAGCCAAAAUCAACGACCUGAAGAACCUGAAGGACCUGAAAGAAGAAAGAGCCCAGAGACAGUUGAAGCAGAGAGCGAAGAGCCAACAGAGAGGCCGCUUGAUUUACUGCAUUGGAAAAAAUUCAACUUCGAGGAAGAAUCAGACACCUGGCGCCAGCCAUUGUCUGGUGCUGAUUCAGAGUGCUUGCCCACACACCUUCGUCCAUUCCGCAGCGCAGCAGAAUAUAAACUAGUGAAACACACCUACCGGCAGCUUCAACACAGUGGAUACUACUGGGGCUCAAUGAGCAUGGAAGAGGCACACAACAAACUAUCAGACACACCCCUGGGCACCUUCCUCAUCAGGGACAGUGGCCAGUUGGAUGUUUUCUUCACUUUGAGUUACCAAAGUGAAGAUGGACCGACCAGUGUUCGGGUCAUGCUAAACAAUCUGCUCUUCAGUUUGUUUGGAAGCCACAGGACUUUUGCUUCAAUCUUCUCUCUGCUCAAGUUCUACACUGGCUCAUCCUGUAAGCUGACUCUUCCCUAUCGCAAGCAGCGACCAGAGCGCCUGAAGCAGAUGUGCAGGAGAGCUCUAACCAAUGCAUAUGGUGCGGAAAAUGUAAGUGCUUUACCUGGACUCAGCUGUCAAGAUAAAGACUAUGUUCAGGCAUACCCUCACUUCAUAUAGAGAAACGUUGAUAGUGUCUUUUGCUGUAUGAAGAUUGUGUUUGUAUUGUAAUAAUAAUAAGUUGUGUUUGUAUUUUAAUAAUAUAUAUUUUUUUCAUUUAUUUAAUUGUUAUUUGAUCACAUUAUCAAAAUUGUAUAUUUUACUGAACACACAUGGUACAUAAUGUUUUGUUACGUACAUUUAACAUCGAUGUAUGCAGGACAUAUAUUCAUCAAAUAAUUUAUGUCGAACAUAAACUGCUUUUAUCACAUGUCUGGUUGACCAAAUAACAAAGUAGAAUUUUCUGCUGUUUAAAGCUGGAUUAAUUCAUGUUUUUCACAACAAAAUCAGCAAAAGAAGUUGACAUACCAAAAGUUUAAUAUGUUCAUUCUCAAAUAUUGGCAACUGUUUUUGUUUUGUCCUGGGCAGUAUAUUUCAUAUGCUAUUGCCAUUGGUUGCAGUUUGGUUUGGUUCUCAACCUUACUAUCUCGAGAUUGUGGCGUAAUAAUCUUGUUAUCGCAGAAAAAAAUAGUUUUCUAGAAAAACUGUGUUAAUUGAGGCAUUGCCUUUAGAAAACGUAGGCAAUUUGAAAAAUAACAUUUUUCCAAGAACGGGGAAAAGCAUGCUCUCAAGAUUUUUAUAGUCUGCCUUGUAAACAAGUAAUCUGAAUGUCUCAUAAAGUAUGUAUUUAAUGUAAUGUCAACAUAACUGAAAGAAAAACUCUUGUAGCAGCUGUGGUCUUCUCAUUCAAUGAUUUUUAUGCAGGUGUCACAAGAAAAUAACUGUUUCUUAAGAAAAUAAACAUUUGCAGGAUCAGACUGCUUAUACAAA